AGUUGCCGCCUUGCCUCAAGGGGAACGGGUUCUCCUGACCGAGCUCUCGGGGCGAGCCCCCUCUUCGCACUCGUGGGUUUAGCCCUGAGGUGGGCGGUUGUCGGUGAGGCAGCUCCGCCCCUCCGGUUCGAGCCUUGUCCCAGCCUCUGGGGCGGGACCUCAGCCCCCGCGGUGGGGAAGCUCUCAGAGGCUGGCUGGAGGCCCCCCAGCCCUUCCACGACGUGCAUUCCCUCCUCUUGUAAACAAAUUCAGAAUAUCAUACAGCAUGGAAGACAACACCUUGUCCCAUCCCCUCAUUCUCCCAAUGAGGCGCAGAAAGGUUACGCGACUUACUUAAGGUCACACAGCUGAUUCCGUCACGUAAUGAUGAGUCCACACACCAUUAAGAAACAGGCUCUGCAUCACUUUGUACAAAGACCGCUUUUCUCACUACCUGCAACCUUAUGUUCCACAGUGAGAAACAUGUUUAUUCAAACACAAGAUACCCCAAAUCCCAACAGUUUAAAGUUUAUUCCAGGAAAGCCAGUUCUUGAGACAAGGACCAUGGAUUUUCCCACACCAGCUUCAGCGUUUCGCUCCCCUCUGGCUAGGCAGUUAUUCAGGAUUGAAGGAGUAAAAAGUGUCUUCUUUGGACCAGAUUUCAUCACUGUCACAAAGGAAAGUGAAGAGUUAGACUGGAAUUUAUUGAGACCAGAUAUUUACGCAACAAUCAUGGACUUCUUUGCAUCUGGCUUACCCUUAGUUACAGAGGAAACAUCUUCAGGAGAAGCAGGAUCUGAAGAAGAUGAUGAAGUUGUGGCAAUGAUUAAGGAAUUAUUAGAUACCAGGAUACGGCCGACUGUGCAGGAAGACGGAGGAGAUGUCAUCUUUAAAGGCUUUGAAGAUGGCAUUGUACAGCUGAAGCUCCAAGGUUCCUGUACCAGCUGCCCCAGUUCAAUCAUUACUCUGAAGAAUGGAAUUCAGAACAUGCUACAGUUUUAUAUUCCAGAAGUAGAAGGCGUGGAACAGGUUAUGGAUGAUGACUCAGAAGAAAAAGAAGCAAACUCACCUUAAAAUCAUCUGGACUUCUUUGAGCCCACAGAGACGUGUAUCUUGAUAAUAUAUGCUCUAAGCUUUUAUUAUUAAUCUGCUCAAGAACUUGAGGAUUAAUACAAUAUGUCCUUUCUUCAGAGAAUGAUAUAAAUAUUGCAUGUUUGCUUUACCUCGUAUGAGUUACUUAUAACAUCCUGAAUCAUCUUCUGUACACGUGGAUUUUAUCCAGGGAUAUUUUUAUUUUUAUUCUUUCUUUCUCAUAGCUUCUCCUUUGUGUAAUGUGUGAAACAGUUUAAGAUACAUUUUCCCAUCUAUUUACCUUUUUUUAUGGAAGUAGACAGGGAGAAUGCUUUUUAAAAUAUUCUAAAAUGGCUUAGCUUUUUGUGAGAUGUUUGAAACUAUUUUUACUGAAGUUUUAAGUUAGUUUAAAAUAUGAACUAAACAGAAUUCUUGGUUAAAAAAGGUAUUUGGCUGGUAGCCCCCAGUGUAGUGGCUCCUAACUUCUUUUUUUUUUUUUUAAUUGUGUUUUAGGUGAAAGUUUACAGCUCAAAUUAAUUUCUCAUUCAAAAAUUUAUACACAUAUUGUUUUGUGACAUUGGUUGUAAUGCCCGCAAUGUGACAGCACACUCCCCUUUUCCAUCCCAGGUUCCUUGUGUCCAUUUGUCCAGUUCCUAUCCCUUCCUGUCUCCUCUUCUUGCUUUUGGGCUGGAGCUGCCCAUUUGAUCUUGUAUGUUUGAUUGAACUAAGAAGCACGUUACUCACGUGUGUUACUGUUCUAUAAAAAAAACCCAUUGCUGUUGAGCCUGACUCAUAGCGACUCUAUAAGACAGAGUAGAACUGCUCCACAGAGUGUCCAAGGAGCGCCUGGUGGAUUUGAACUCCUGAUCUCUUGGUUAGCAGCUGUAGCACUUAACCACUACACCACCAGGGUUUUGUUCUGUUCUGUUUUAUAGGCCUGGCUAAUCUUUAUCUGAAAAGUGGGCUUCUGGAGUGGUUUCAGUUGUGGGUUAGCAGAGUGUCUGGGGGCCAUAAUCUUGGGUUUCUCCAGUCUCUGUUAGACCAGGGAGGCUGGUCUUUUUAUAUGAAUUUGAAUUUUGUUCUGUAUUUUUCUCCUGGUCUGUCUUGGACUCUCUGUUAUGAUCUCUUUCAGAGCGAUUGGUGGUGGUAGCCAGGCACCACUAGUUCUGGGCUUAGUCUGGUGGAUGCUCUGGGCUCCUAAUUUCUUACUAAAAGACAACAACAACAACAAAUCAUAAUGCUGAUUUAAAAAAAAAAAAGUUUCCAAAAUUGGAGAAAAUUUCUAUUGAUAAUAAGAGAGAGCUGAAUUGAGAAAAACUGCCCAAGCAUGCCGAAGCUUUACCUCUCUCUGAAGAAAGAUGAGAGGAUGCUUUGGUCCUUCUUCCACUGAUUUGUCUUGACUUAGAGAUUCAUAAUCUGUGCUGUGCCACAAGUGUGGGUAGUUGUCUUUCUACCGUUGGGAUGCAGCUUUUUCAGACAGCCAAAACAGUGAAUUAUCCUUCUCUCUCAUUUUUCUAUAGUAAUUCAGAGACAGCAGUCCACAAAAAAUACUGAGAAAGGAAAGAUGGUACCUGGCAGUGGUACAUUGCAUCUCUGGAGUUCUGGCCCCUAAAAGUAGAGUGAUUAAGACAUGGAUGGAGACAGGAAGAACUCUAGCAGUUGUGAAUGCUGGGAAUUGACGUUUUUAUUUUUGUGUACUGGUUCACAGACCCAGACAGUGGAAUAGGAGAGUUUGUUCCCUGAGCUACUGUAGAAUAAUUCAGGCUAUACACUGAGAAUUGCUUUGCAAGCUAGACACAUUAACCUGCUUUUUAGUUGAAGCUAUAGGAAAUAGAGAUUGUGGAGGAGAUGUAGUUAUGACAACUUUUGGAUUUGGUCAUGAAAUAGGUGGGUGAGGUGGGUGAAGAUUAGAUUAUUAGAGGGGAGGAAAUCUUGAAACUCAGUGGUGAGGGUAUUGGGAAGAUGUUCUACAAAAGGGAGCAACCAUGACAAACAAAGGGGAAAAAUGGGGAAGAACAUUCUAGGCAUCAGAAGUAGUAUAAUCAGAAUUUGGAAGGUGCAAAGUGUAUUUGGGAACUGCAAGAAGCUAAGUGUGACUUGAGUGUAAAGUGGAAGGGCUUAGCUGGAAAUGAUGCAGAGAUAGGCACUGAGAAAUACGGAAAGUGUUCUAGAUACUCUUGGUUGCUUAUUCAACGUACAGUCUCCCCUUUCUUCAUUCUAAGAAAGGCCCUCUCAGUUAUCAGUCGGUAGCAGUGUGCCGAAGGAAGGUAGGUCCCACCCCAGUCCCAGGGGCAGUUUAGUCUAAACCAGUCUGUCUUAGUUUCUUUAUGCUGCCGUAACAAAAAUGAUACAAAUGGAUGACUUUAAAGAAUAGAAAUACAUUGUCUUACAGUUUUGGAGGCUAGAAGUCCAAAUUAGGGCAUUGGCUCUGGGGGAGGGUCGCUGGGCAUUCCAUGGCAUUUCUUGGCUUGUAGAGGCUCCUGCGGGCCAACGGAUUUCUCUUUCUGGGCUUGGGUUUCUAGUUCUGUCGAGAUUAUUUGCUAGGCCAAAUCUUGCAGAGGGGUUGGGUAGUUUGCAAAUAAGGUAUAUAAAAAUGUUGCCGGAUUUGGUUGAUUACUAUGCAGAAUAGGUGACUAUGGCCUACCUGAUAGAUUGGUCAGUUUUGCCAUCUUGCUAGUUUCAUAAGGACGCAUCCUGCAGAGAUUGGAGUGGUCUUCACUACCAUCAAGAAGAAGAGCUGGGAGUGGAGCACGUCCCUUGGACCCGGGGUGCCUGCCCUGGGAAUCUCUUAGACUCAGGAGACAGAGCCGUAACACUGGAGAUAGCAUGAGACAGCACAAGAUGACACAAGCGGUGAGAACCAGGAGACUGGUGUGAGAUGGCUAUGGUGGGCUCCCUGGCCCACAGAGUGAGGUGGCUGCAGUGGGUUCCCUGUCCCACUGAACGAGAGCUUAGUGCCUUCAGGCAGGAGACUUGCUGAUGGAGUGCGGUGCCUCCAGGCACUUGAUGGUGAAGCCAAAAGAGCUGUAACACUUGCCCAAGCGGGGCCUGACGGCAGCAGGCCCGGCUCAAGGAAGGCUGGUGGUGGAGGCCCAAGCACGGCCUGCCUGCUAGAAUGGCAGAGAAGGAGCUGGGAGCUGACCUGGUUGGAAUCUGUUCUGAUUGAUGAACUGUACCUAUUUCUUCCAGAUUGAUCCUGAUCCUGAAUCGUAACCCAUUACUUCCCUGAUAAACCCCAUAACCGUGAGUAUGGUUUGUGUGGCCAUUGUAAUGAAUGACUGAACCCAGCAGAGAAGUAGAGAGUGCUGUGGAAGGGAUAGCUGAUGCUGUUGGUAAAAAGGAUUGCAGAGCGGAGGCAUGUCUGACCGCUGCCUCAUAGGCAGCAGCAUUGGGCUGAUGAUGGUGUUGAUUCUCCUCUCUCCUCUGAAGUUAGGUGAAUUCUGAUGCUACUAGCUUACAGUUUCUUACAUAGUCUCUUCCCCCUCUCACCAUGUGUGUUCGUGUCUGUUCUCUCUUUGUAAGACACCACUCAGAACUGAUUAGGUUUAUGAUCUACCCUACUCUGGUAUGACCUCUUUAGCAUAACAAGAGAGAACUCCUAUUUCCAAACAUGAUGAUAUUUACAGAUACAGGGUUUAGGACUUCAGCAUAACUUUUUUGGGAGCACAGAUCAAUCUAUAAUACGGUCAUCUUAACUCCGUUUCACUUUGCCAGCCAUGAGUCUAAAACCAACUAACCAGUUGCCAUUGAGUCAAUUUUAACUCCUGGUAAUCCCUAUUCAUGGCAACCUCACAUGUGUCAGAAGAGAACUGUGCUCCAUAGGGUUUUCAAUGACUGAUAUUUCAGAAGUAGUUUGCCAGAUAUUUCUUUCAAGGCACUUUGAGUGAACCCAAACUGCCAAUUUUCUAGUUAGUAGCCAAGCGCAACUAUUUGUGUCACCCAGGGAAGCCUGAGUCGUAGUAUUCUGUUGUUAACUGCUGCCAAAUCAAUUCCAACUCUUGGUGACCCUGUGUGUGCAGAGUAGAACUGCUCCACGGGGUCUUGAAGGCUGUGACCUUUUGGAAGCAGAUUGUCAGGCCUGUCUUCCGAGAAGCCUCUGGGUGGGUUCUAACCACUAAUCUUUCAUUUAGUAGUUAGCGAUUAAUUGUUUGCUCCACCCAGUGACUCCUUUAGUCAUUAGUCUAGAGGGGGACAUAUGACCCAGCUCUGGCCAAUGAGCUGUAACAGAAAGUCUGUUGGAGAGUUCUGGAAAGAUUUUCUUCCCUGAUUGAGACAAGUGAGAGAGAGUUAAUUGUUGGCAAGAAGGCUCUUUUCCCACCCAUUCCUUUCCUUCCUGCUUGGUAUACUGUAAUGUGAGGCUUAAUGUUGGAGGCUAUUACCCCAGACCAAAAACCAAACCCAUUGCCGUCAAGUUGAUUCUGACUCACAGCGACCCUGUAGGACAGAGUAGAACUGUCCCGUAGGGGUUGCAAGGCUGUAAUCUUUACAGAAACAGACUGCCAUGUCUUUCUCUCACAGAGAGGCUGGUGGGUCCAAACCCCCGACCUUUCUGUUAGCAGCUGAGUGCUAAACCACUGUGCUACCAGCGCUCCUGAGGCUACUACAGUCUUUUUUCAAUCAUGACGGAAAGCCAGUCCACUAAGAAUGACAAGGAGGAAAGAAAGAAAGCACCUGGAUCCUAGAGGACAUUGUUGACCUUUGAGCCAGCUCGGAAACCAACCACUGAGUUUUUAUCAAUGGAAUGAGUUUCAUGGCUGGAAAACUCUGCCCCAGGUUCUGCCUACUGGGAAAAUUCAGAGCCACCUCAGACAGAGUAUUGAAGAGGGUACUACUUCUAACUGGACUCAGCAUUCUUUGUUCUCAGACCUGAGAUUUCCUGGUGGAGGAGUCAAGGCCAUGUUCACCUGAUAUAGUGGGCAUUGUUUGUGUCUUUUUGGGUGUCCCUUCUUCAUUUUAUUGGCAACGCCUUCCCCUGUUUUUUGAAGAGUUGCUCCCUCUUCCCCAUUCCACAUGGCUUUGGUGAAUCUGGCAGUCACAGCAUCCUGCCCUCUUUGCCACAGGAAUAGGGUAUAUGACCCAUGCUGGGCCAAUGAGAGUCCCUGUCUAGAAUGUGGAAAAAAGAGGAUAGAGGAAUAACACUUUCCUCUUGAACUAUGAGCUAUAAAGAUGUGAUUCCAGAGCUGCUUGAGGGUCAUUUCCCUGUCCCUGAGGAUGGUUAGAGAGGUGGAGAGUCAGAGUUCUGACUACAUUGUUUGUGUCCCUGGAUACAGACGUGCCUGAAGCUGUUUGUAUCCCCGUCCUUCUAAUUACAUUAGCCAAUAAAUUCCUGUCUUAAGCUAGUUUGAGUUUCUGUUAUUUGUCACUGAAAGCUCUGUUCUCUAAAUUUUUUUUUUAAUUUUUAUUGUGCUUUAAGUGAAAGUUUACAAAUCAAGUCAGUCUCUCAUACAAAAAUUUACAUAUACCUUGCUAUAUACUAAUUGCUCUCCCCCUAAUGAGACAGCCCAUUCCUUCCCUUCACUCUCUUUUCGUAUCCAUUCCGCCAGCUUCUGACCCCCUGUGCCCUCUCAUCUCCCCUCCAGAUAGGAGAUGCCAACAUAGUCUCAAGUGUCUACUUGAUCCAAGAAGGUCAUUCUUCACCAGCAUCUUUUUCUAUCCCAUUGUCCAGUCCAAUCCCUGUCUGGAGAGUUGGCUUUGGGAAUGGUUCCUGUCUUGGGCUAACAGAAGGUCUCGGGGCCGGGGUCCUUCUAGUCUCAGUCAGACCGUUAAGUCUAGUCUUUUUACGAGAAUCUGAGGUCUGCAUCCCACUGCUCUCCUGCUCCCUCAGGGGUUCUCUGUUGUGUUCCCUAUGAGGGCAGUCAUCGGUUGUAGCUGGGCACCAUCUAUUUCUUCUGGUCUCAGGCUUGAUCUGUUCUCUAAAAAUUUAAAACAGAUAGAUACAUACAACAUUGGGAAGGUCAGUAAGACCAGCACUGGGUGGGCUAGGUUAGUUUUCAUCACCAUUUUAUCUCUGAUUCCUUCUUCCAUGUCUUGGCACCUUCUCUCUUCAUCACCAUAUCACCAUCCACAGGCCCUUAUCUUGCCCAGUGCCAUCCAACCAAGGCAAUCUGUCCAGGUCAACUUUCCUCCUGACUUCAGAAUGUCUUUCUCUUCAGCUCAUCAAAACUCCCGUUUCUUCAGUGGCUUUUUCAUAGCUGGUAUCAAACUAAAAAUUCUAUAAACAGUUUCACUCUGAAGUAUUAAUAGCUGAUAAUGACUUAAUAUAGAUCUCCUGGGGGGACCUGCAUUAAAUAUGUAAGUACAGUAAGGAGUAGAAAUAAUUUUGGACAAGGGAAUUUUUUGAUCCCCUUAUAAUCCUUUUUUGUGGGUGGCUAUCUAUUUGUCUACAGCUCAGCCCCAACCAUUUAAUACCUAAUUUUUCUUCAAAUGCUUCUUUUAAAAAAAAAAAAAAAGGCAACUGCAAAGGUACAAAAGUUGAAAGGAUAUAUAUGUCUUUUUCAGGGACCUGCCAGUGUUUUAGUAUAGAUGAACCCCAAAAUUAGAUUGUUGAGAGAUGAUAAAAACUGGCAAGAGUAAGAUCCUGAAUAACCAUGUGUGUGCACAGGAAUCUAGAUUGGUUCUGCAGGUGAAGGGUGCCCACCACACUGGAACCCGGGGGAACAAGAUUUUAGAACCAUCACCUUGAUAUAAAGCUGUGUAGGACUAAUGAGGGGGUGGAAUCAAAGGAGUUCACUCGAGGGAUUUUUCUGAGGCCUUGACUGGUCCUUUUUGUUCUUGCCUUCAUUUCUUCCUUCUCUCAGGGGCCCAGCCUGCUAGUUUUUCCUUCAGUAUUUGCCACCAUCUCCUCUGUCUCUUGGGAUACGUUUCUCCACCAUACUCCCUCUGGAAGUGGGACGUAUGUGCCCCAGCUCCCCAUAUUUGUGUUAUGCACAGGACUUUUUUGAUUUUAAUAAUUUUAUUGCUAAUUAUUGGAAUUCAGAUAAAGGAUAAUAAAAAUAACAAACAUAGGGAUGUUUAAAAUCUUAUACAGUGAUUUCAGUUACGGUUCUUCAAUCCUUUUGAAAUGGCAGUUGAAAGCCCUGAUGGCCUUCCAGGCUACGUGGCAGGGAGGACUCAGAGAGCCUUCAGAUCUGAUGGAGCUAAACGUGUGAACAACAAAAUGGACUUACAUAAAGAGAUGACAGAUGACACCUACAUACUACCAUUACUCUUGUUCAAUUAGUUCAGAACUUUUGAUUGGGAAAGAAAAUCCUUUCUAUUUUGUCACAUGUUCGAACUAGACCCAGACAUCCAUUUUCCUUCAUAGAUCAUUUAUGGUCUUCCCUUCCAGCCCUUAGUCUCAAAAGGCUCAGCUAGGGCAAAGCUCCUACAGAUAGGGUCAGUUAACCAAGGUUCUUCCAUAUCAGUAUCUUGACUGGUACAUGGUGACAAAGGGCUCUUUGUUGUGGUAGGUUAGUGAGAUUGUUCAAGGCUGGGUUGGGAAAAUAUUUGUCUUCAAACUUUCUUCCUCUCACCUAGUGCACACAGACAUUCCAAAUAGCUGUAGAGCGGAGACGGACAAGACAUUGACAGUCACUGUGAUGGAGUAACAAGCAGAAGAGGAAAGCAAGGAGUUCAAUAGAUUAUUAUAGUUUGAACAUGGGAACUCUGGUGGUACUGCUGGUAUAUUCUUUGUGUUUGCUCCCAGUGUAUGAAGGAGUUUUUUCAAAUUUUGCUUUAGGUGAAGGCUUACAGAGCAAAUUAGUUUCUUAUUAAACAAUUAAUACACGUAUUGUUUUGUGACAUUGGUUGCCAACCCCGCAACGUGUCAACACUUUCCCCUUGACCUUAGAAAACCAAAAAACCCAUUGCUGUCAAGUCAAUUCUGACUCAUAGCGACCUUCCAGGACAGAGUAGAACUGCCCCACAGGGUUUCCAAGGAGCACCUAGGGGACUUGAACUGCUGACCUUUUAGUUAGCCGUAGUUCUUAACCACAAUGCCACUAGGGUUUCCUUCCAGACCUUAGGUUUUGCAAUUUCCAUUUGACUAGCUUUUCUGUCCCCUCCUGCCUUCUCGUCUUUGCCCUGGGCUGGUGUGCCCGUUUAGUCUCGUAUACAUGGUUGAGCUAUGUGUAUUAUUGUUUUACGGGUUUGUCUAAUCUUUGGCUGGAGGGUGAACCUCAGGAGUGAUUUUAGUACUGAGUUAAAAGGGUGUGUGGGGCAUUCUUAAGCAUUGGAGUUAUAACUUGACUCCUUGGCAGUAUCACUGAGCUCUUACCAGAAUUUAUUACAGGAGGGUUCUGAGGCUAGUGUGUUUAUCCACAGAGCCAUUUGUUUCUUGAAUUAAGAAAUGUGUUGCCUAUUAACAAACAGCUCACUGGUUUUUAACUUUGGUGAUCUAGGGACCUGCUUAGGGGCCUGAAAUAUUAAAGGGCUUUCAGACAAAGGAAAUACUUUGAUUGGUUAAAUGUGACAUUUUCCAGCCUCUCUCUGAGGCCAGUGAUAAAAAGGCACUUGUUUUCCUUUAAGAAAAAUUGGAAUUCCUUUGCCCACUUGAUCAUCUAACUAGCCAUAGAAGGUCACUUCUGCCAAGAACAUAUGGCUUAUUUCAUUGAACGAACAUCUUUGAUCCCUUUGUGCGAGUGUUUAUGCCAGGUGCUGGAUAUGCGAAGACUUAUUCUAGACUCAAGAAACAUAUACUCUGCUGGGAGACAUGAAAAACCAUAAAAUAUCGAAGCAUGUUGCUUUAAAUGGGGAAGUUAAAAGAAUGAUGAGAGGUUAACCUGUGUCCCUAAAUCGGUUUUGGGGAGACAGAAAGAGCUUUCCUGAAAAGGCAGCAUUUAAACAGAGAUGGGGGUAGGGAUUCCACACAAAAUAACCUAGGUGUGCAAAAGAUUUGAGAAUGUUGGUUCAACUGGGGAACUAUCUGUUCAGUGUAAAGGGAUUGAGGGUGGGACAGGAGGAGAGCAGCAGUGGGAAGUAAGGCCAGACACCUCAACAGGUGUCUCCAACAGUUCUGUAUGCCCUCCAAGUUUUUAUCAUAGUCUGCAGUCAUUAAUGGAAACCCUGGUGGCACAGUGGUUAAGAGCUAAGGCUGCUAACCAAAAGGUUGGCAGUGCAGUCAUUAGUGGAUUUAUGAUAACCACUUGACUAAAGUUUUCAUCUUAGUCUACUGUCAAAAUGGAUUUAUAAUAACCAUUUGAUAGAAGAUACCAUUUAAAUCUUAUUAAAGCAGAUGCCUGGGUAAUAGAUUCUCAGAAAUGUCAUCCCUCUCUGAUUCAGUGUCUCUUGGCAGGAAUGAUGCAUUAAUUCAUAUAAUUAACCCAUCAGGAGUCAAAGGCGAGGCUGUCAACUCAAAGAAGUUGCUACAGUUCUCUCAGGUGGCCAUCAGGUCUGGGCCAGCAGAGUUUCUUAAGCCCAGGGGCAUACUGUUGUAUGGUUGAGCCUUGUAUCUUCCUUUUCUAACCACAAACUUGGGGUUAGGAGGGCAAUGGAUGAGGGUGGAUAGGGGUGCUGAGGGCUUUUAGGGGCCGAGAUUAUUACAUAAAGCUUUAGUUAGAACUUGAAUUGUCUGUCAACAGAAAGACUGGCGGAACCUGAAAGGUGCUUUGCAGCCGAGAAUUUUGAUAGCUCUCUCUCCGCACCUCAUCCACUUCCUUACAAUUUUCCUUAAGCGGCCGUAUGUCCCUUUUCAAUUCUGAUCUGUCUGCCUCCCAAGACCCUUUUUCAGGCCUCUUGCUUUCUUCUUCCUCUUUCCCCCGCUUCGUGGGGUGCCAGGAGCUCGGGGCCUUAGUGCGAGGCGCGCGCCCCGAGGCUGUUUGCUUUGUAAACUAUUACAACCUCCUCCUUCCUUGGCUUUUCGUCACUCCCUGCGGGGCCUGGCUUCUUCCUUCCGGACUGCUCGGUUCCCUCCCGCUAUUCGCCCCGGGAUCGGGCGGCUCCAGGAACCUCAGGCGGAGGCAGCCACUAGCCGGUGCCACGUCGCCGCCGCCAGCAAGCCAGCAGCAGCGUGGG